UAUAAUUUUAUUUUUCCUCAUUGAUAUUAGCCCUUUUCACAGUAAUGUUACUGUGUAUAAUAUAUCUGCGCUCGGGUUCACGCGCUCACACUGUAAUUAAUAUAAACACUAUUGGCCACUUUUGGUCACGGCGACGGUGACGUCACGGGGUCAGAAUUUUCAGCGGAUGCGCGAGCUCAACCGAUACACUGCACCGGUGCUUGAUGCGCGCGAGGGCUAAUGACAUCAUGGCAUCAUCGGAAUGUACCGCUGCUUCUGAAGACAGCGUGUGUGUUGCAGAUCUGCGGAUUGUCCUGUUGGGUCGGACCGGUUCUGGUAAAAGCUCGACAGGAAACACCAUUCUGGGAACGUCCGUGUUUCAGAGAGACAUCUCUCCGCUGUCCAUCACUCAGCAGUGUGUACGGGCCUGUGGCGAGGUGGAGGGGCGGAGCCUGCAGGUGAUUGACACUCCAGGUUUCUUCCACACUUGUAUGUCUUCAGAGGAGGUGUGUGCGGAGGUGGCGCGUGGCUUGAUGGAUCUCUCCGCUCCCGGACCUCACGCGCUUCUGUUAGUCCUGAAACCGGGAAAACUAACGGCGGAAGAGCACAUGACUCUGGAGUGGAUCGGCACCGUUUUGGGUUCGACGGCCCUCAAACACACCGUCCUCGUCCUCACCCACGCUGACCAGCUGCACGACAAACCGGCAGAGAGCUUUCUACAGGAGAGCAAGGAACUCUGGGAAUUCACGCGGUCGUGCGAGGGCAGGAUUCACAUCCUCGAUAACACAAAACAUGAAGAUCGAGCACAAGUGAGUGAGCUGGUACAGAAAAUGGAGGCAAUGGUGGAGAGGAAUGAGGGGAACUGGUAUGUCUGUGAGCGAAGGAUUCUGGGAGAAAAGGAGCAGGUGCAGAAGAGAGAGAGCGGAGAGGAGGAUAAAGAGAGGAGGAAGAAAGCAGAGCGCGAGUUCUGGUGCGAGUUAGUGACUGCCAUGGGGAAGGGAGCGCUGGAGAGCUCCGGAGUUCUGGAGAAAGGGAAAGGGAAGGGGAAGAAAAGCAAAGUGGUGCAGAGGGCGGCGGCUUUAGCAGCCACGCCCCUGUCAGUGACAUCAGCUGCUAAAAUGGUGGGCGGAGCCAUGAGGGAAGGGAGCAAAGUGCUGUACAAACACCGUAAAACACUGCUGCAGUGAACACACACACACACACACACACACACACACAUACACACACACACACACACACACACACCAGCCGGUUUCAUUACCACUCACCACUCCAGCAUCACUCCACGCUGUAGCUGUCACACACAACCGCACACUUCAGGCACGAGUGUGUGUAAGCGGGUCACGCAAGGCGAAGUAGGUGAGGACAUGUUGAAAGCAGGACAGAAAUAAUUAUUAGAUAAAUUCUUACACACAUCUGAUGAAACAUUUAGUGAGAAUUGUGUGAAUAUGGUUCAGAGGAAGUGCAGAGACUGUGUACAGUAGAUCUUCAGCCAUCUUCACUGCUGCUGUUAAUGUGUUUCUCUUCUGAAAGAUUAUUUUAUUCAUCCUCCACAAAAAGGUUUGAGAAGAGUGACAGGGAAUUCUGCCAUCAGCACACACAACACUGCUCCAUAAUUAUUUUAUUUUCUUUCUUUAUAAUGUCUCUAUUUCAUUCCAAAUAAACAAACCCAGUCACA